UCUGCAGAUUAUUUGUGCACUCCAGAGGAAAAUGUUUACAAGAUAGACUUCACCAGGUUCAAAAUCCGGGACAUGGAAUCUGGCACAGUCUUGUUUGAAAUCACCAAACCAGCAGCUUCAGAACGUGAACACAAUGACAAGAAGGACAUUGACCCCAAUGCUGGACGCUUCGUACGUUAUCAGUUCACCCCAGCUUUUCUUAGACUUCGGCAAGUGGGAGCCACGGUGGAAUUCACAGUAGGGGACAAACCCAUUAAUAACUUCCGCAUGAUUGAGAGGCACUACUUCCGGGAUCAGUUGCUUAAGAGUUUUGAUUUUGAAUUCGGGUUCUGCAUCCCCAGUAGUAAAAAUACUUGCGAGCACAUCUAUGAAUUUCCACAGCUCUCGGAGGAUCUCAUUCGAGAGAUGAUCCUUCAUCCAUACGAGACACAGUCGGACAGUUUCUACUUUGUAGACAACAAGCUCGUGAUGCACAACAAGGCAGAUUAUUCAUACAGUGGAGGACCUUGAGCACGGGAUGGACAGCCGACCUGCGCUGGCCUUCCCCUUCCUAUUGAAGUCGUCAGGGAUACCAACACCUUCAGUUCAGUUGCCCGCAGCGUCCACUGGACAGGAAUCCACAAACCAAGGACUCUUUGCCACAGUAGGAGUUUCAUGACUAAAUUUGCUGGUCUCAUUUUUUUGAGCUUUGAAGCAGACCCAGGUCUUCAGAACUUUAAGCAGCUCUACAAUGCUAAAUGAUCUUUGGAUACCACUUCCCUAAGUUCUUUAAGUGUCUGCUUUGAAAAUGGCCUUGUGGGACAUGGGUGAUUUUGCCCUAAUUCUGCGGAUUUGUGUUCUUGCCCUCAAGUAUCUUUUAGGACACGAUUGUUUUCUCAAAGAAUGUAAUCUGAGAAACCACGUGAGUGGAUGGAUGCAAACGCAGAGUUUUGUUUAUUUGUUUCCCUUUGAGAAUGCUUCAAAGGCAUGGCCAAUUUAACUUGCACAUCCAGUUGAAAAGGCCGAGGAUAACAUCUUACAAAAGCAAGUUUCAUCUUUAGUUUAGUUCUUUAAGUAAGUAUCUCAUCCUUUAGUUUUGUUCCUUCUAUGUAAUACUCUGUUUAAUUUUGGAAACACUGAAACUCACAAUGAAGACCAGUAAUGAAAUGACAGAGCUGUUUUUAAUCAGGUACUGUCCUUUAACAUUUCAGAUGAAGGCAAAAUAGCACUGAGGGUCUAUGCAUUUUCCAUUAAUUUCAGUUUUUGCAAACUGAUUGCAGAAUAAUCAGGAAAAAUUGAAGGAUUUUAGCUUUAUUUAACAUUUUUACAUAGUCAACAUUCAGCCUAUUCAUGCUGUAUGUUUUCCAUGUCUAUUUUCUUUCCUCUCUGCUCAAUACUAAGGGCUUCAGCACUGCUUGUUAGAGCAACGCUUUCAUUUGUCUAGGGCAGGUGGAGAGUGUGGAAUUUCCAAUUUUCCAUUUGUAUCUGAAUUUGAAGAAUGUUAUGAAAGUGUUUUCCUUUUGUUAAAAAUGUUUUGCAUCGGAUAUUAAUACAGGUAAAACAGUAAGUCUGAUAAUGUAGGACUUUAAGGCACAGCAAAAAUUGAGCAAAAGCUCUCUCUUCAGACUCUGUAAGAAGUUUAAGACCAAUUUUGCCCAAGUUUCUCAGCGUGUGCUUCUUGGAAAGAUAGAAGUGCAAAGAAGUAGCAACAUCAAAAGAGAAAACUCGUGUAUGCAAAACAAAACCUGAAUAGGCUGUGCGGGGUAGCCUGUUGUCAUGAAACCCUUACUCUAAAGAUCAGUUCACUGACACUUUAAAAAAAUAAAAGGCAGUUGCAGUUUGUAGAUAUUUCUAUAAAUACUUGGUGUCUCCAUGUCUAAUUCUGUGAGUUUAAGUGGAACAUUAUAUGUUAGCUGCAGAUAGGUGUGAUUGUAAUAAUUUUUAUAAAAUACCAUUUCCAGUGGUGAUUAACAUCUCUCUGGUCAUCCUAGGUCAAACAGAACUACAAAUGGUUCCAAAUGUAGCCAUCAGCCUGAGAACAGGGAGGCUUUUGUGCUCUUAUCGGGAUUGUGAUCACUAUUAAAUGUGUUACCAUUUGUAUUUGGCUUGGCUUGCUUUACUUCUGAAAGAGAAUUCAGUUUUCUAAAGAAAAUGCAGUGAGUUUAGGUUACAGCACAGAGUUCUUUAUUAAGAUUGAUAGCUAAGAAAGUACGUAAAGCUUCACUGAUUUUACACAACUGGUAUCUUGUAGUAAUUAUUAUCACAAUGAGACUUGUAUUUAUCACUAUUUUUGGUCUCUAGCAUAUGAAGUCAUACAACUAGCCUAUGGCUGACUUACCUGUUUGAGAGUUACAAAGAAUUUCCUCAUUAUCUGUACAAUGCUGUGAGCUACUGAUCGUGAAGUUUUAUAGCACAAUAAUCACUAAAGGUGAAAAUAGUUUCAAAAAGUCUAGGUGUCUGUCCAUCCCCAUUUCCCCCCCCCCCCCCCCUUUUUUUUUUUUCAGGGCUAUUAAACUAUCUAUCUAUUAAAUGAAGUUUUGAAAAUUUAAGUAUUUAUUAAUUUUGUUCCGACUGUUGAAGGAGAAAAUACACGGAUUUGAAGACAGAAGAGAGUGUGUGUGCUUAUAACUGGCACCCUAUACAGGUUUUUGGGGGUAUCUUUCAACUCUCACCUGCUGUUUGUAAUAAUCACAUCUGUGCAUAAGAUUUUAAAAAGACUUCUAACAGCGGUGCUUGCCCCGAAUUGCCAGUUAUGAAUUUCAAACAGGUGUAAGUUUCAAACAGAAAUACACAUCUUGGUGUAUUUUGGUGAGAGCAGUUGUGCUUUGGUACGGACUCUUGUCAGUCAUGGGUUGUGGUACCAAGUAUUCUCUCCGUAGAGCACAUUAUUGUCCGCUGAUCUGAAAUAGUCACAUUCUGCUCCUUUUUUAUGCUACCUCUUUUUAAGACUUUGGACUUCAAAUCCAAAAGUAAUUCCAGAAAAAUAUUACUGUAAUAAAUGAAAACUUGAGUGGUAGGCAUGCUCCUUUUUAAAAGAACCUUUUUCUCAGUAGUGCAGCGUGGUGUUGAAUGGACUUUCUGACACUCUGCAUUUUAUGGUAAGUUUGAGGUUAAACGUAAGAGGAUGAACCAUCCACUACUGAUUCUCCUGAAUUCUGCUAACUGUUCUCAUAAUUUAGAUUCUAUGGGUAAUAAUUCAAGGCUAACAGAAAAUUUAGCAUGAUUCAUAUCGGAGAUAUUUUAUUGUGUGAAUUUGUUGUCUUCUAGUAUUAGGAAUACUUUAAACCAGAAACAAAUAUUGCACAUUUUCAAGAAAAUAAAUUUCAACCUAUUUUAGCUUUAGCUUUUCAGUUUGAGGAAUUUUACUUUUAAAAAAAAGUCCCCACAGUUUGCUACAAAUAACAGAUUCUGAUUCAUAAACCAAAGCAAAUCAUAAAUGUUUCCGUGGGAAGUGUAAUGAAAGUGCUUUUUUCUGUAUUCCACUGCAACAGUUAUCACUGUUCUCUCUCUUGGAAAUACUUUGUUAGCAUUUCUUUAAGGUCGUCUAAAUCCACAAUGUUUACGAACACGUGGGAAUCACUGUCUAAGGGAGAGGUUCCAUUCCUUUUCUACCUGUUUGUGCAGCAGUAUAAUAUGCAGAGUUGACAUGAGACAUUAUAUUGUUGCACAUAAACAGCACUAGAAGAGUGUUUCUUCAAAAGCUUUUGCAGGACAGUUGUUCUAAUGCCACUUCUGUCCUUGUUUUGCAUUAAAACUAUGUGCAAAAUUUACUGUUAAAGACCAUGCUUUGUACAGCACUGAAUAACUUCAACUUUUAUCUUAAAGGGAGCAGAGAGCUCUUGGAUGAGUUGUAAAAUGAAACCCACAUUUUUUUCCCCUUAAAUUUGCAGCUGAUUCUUAUUAUAAACCAGGUGAAAAUCAAAUCUUCACAGCCUUGUUCGCAGAAAAAUUUCUUAAUCUCCUUGACUAGUUAUUAUUUUGUAUUUUAAUAUUAAUCAUUAUUGGGUUUACUUUGGAAUUUCAUCUACAAAAUCACCAAAUAUUGGCUCUGCAAAAAUUAAUUCCUUUAUUUUUUCUUUGAUCUCAUUUGAAAAAUUAUUUUAAUUAGCACCACAGCUCUGUUUUAAUGAGCUAGUCUGGAAAUUCAGGAUCUGACUUUCUGAAAGUGAAAGAAAACAUCUAAGAGCUAACCAAGAUUAUCUGCUAAUAAUGACUAGUUGUUUCCUGUCAUAAAACAGGAUUAUAUGCGUACUUUAGAGAGUGAAUUAACCCUGAAAAAAGAAAUGAAGUCUCUGUGAGUGCUAACAUAUUUUUUCUGAGAGACAAGGAAAUUAUAACUCAGCACAUUCUUUCACUUCCUCAGUCUUGGAUUCCUUUUAACUUCAGGUUUUUUAAAGAAAAGCAACAGUAAUUCAUUUGUGGUUAGCUGCCGUGCUGCGUGGUCUAAUAGUUCACAGACUUUAGUGGCAGAAAGAGAACAAUUUAUUUUUAAAAUUAAGACAUCGAGUAUAAGUAUGGCUUAAAUUCUAGAAACUUUGUUCCUCGAUCAGUGACAAAACCCAAAAUUGUUUCUGUGCGUGUAUCCUUUAUGUGGUGACAUUAAUGCGUUAACUGAAUAAUCCACUUCCCCUGACUCAGAAGAAUUUUUUUUUUUUUUUAAUGUAGAAACUGUCUUCAGGUUUGAAAGCAAAGUGUUGGGGCUCAGUUCUUGCUCCUAAUCUCUCUCUACGUCUUGUUUUUGAGCAGGUCAGUGAGACAGCUCUAUUUGCUACCUCUGUCCUCCAUUUGAGUUUCAUUUCAAAAACCUGUCUAGAGUGUCAAAGCAGUGGCUGGCUGUGUGAAACAUUGCAGGCUACCAAGUUCCAAAUUCCUUAAUUUUGAGCAAACAGACUAUUAAAGUAUAUUGAGAAAACAGUGCUACAUAUUGACCCAUAAAAACUAAAUCCCAAUCUUCGUGACAAAAAAUAAAGGAAACUCUAUUCAUGCAAGGAUUAUUUGGGGGCUAUUUAAGAUAAGAAAAUGCUAAUACCCAACCCUUGUACUUAAUAAGUAUUAUAAAAAUUUUCUAUUAAUUAUACAAAUCCUGAAAAAAUAUGGUUAACAGCUCGAUUUUAAUUAGAUCUGGUUGGGAAUGAAACUGUAGAGAUUAUUGCUCUCCCGUAUGGGGCAGGGGCAUGGGGGAAAGCAAUUAGGACUGUAUGGAUUGCACAAAAGCUAGACAGGUUCACCUGCAUUGACUCUAGUGGUAAAACUUACCUCUGGGAAAAAAUGAGGGAGAGGGACAAGGACAGGAGAAGUUAAUUUCAGUUAAUUGGAACCAAGAGCUUUAAGGCUGUGGUAAAUGUAAAUGCUUUUUCUCUUGAGUUUGAGAUAGCUGGUAGCUUCUGUUAGCAGUUCUUUUCUGUACCCCCAGCAUAAGCACAACCUAAGUUUAUUCAAAUGUUUCAGUAUUAAUCAGAUACUAAAUCUCACUGACAGUUCAUAUCAUUUUCUGAACAUGGAAAUAUAUUUGAAGAGUGUGAUACUCCAGGCCUCACAUUGCAGCUCAGUUGGUUUCUCAAUCACAGGACAGUCUGACUAAGCGGGUGAAAUUGUGUGUUUGUGUAUCUGUUCACAAGCUGUAGUUAACUGCCUCCCUAGAAUCACUGUGUUAAUGCCUACUGUGAUGUCUGCUUGUAUCUUAAUGCUACACUGAGAAAACCUGUUUGAAUGUGACAUUGACUUUUUUGCAUAGAAUCAGAAUUGUCUGUAUUAAAAUGUAUUUAUAAAAAAAUAUAUUUUUUGUGGAAGGAAAGUAGGAUUCUAGUUAAUAUACCAUUGGGAAAAUGUUAGAAACAUUUUUACCAAGUUCAUUUAUAAUUCUUUGUAUCUUGUUAGUUACCUAUUUGUUUCCUAUAAGAACAUCCACUGUGGCCCAUUUAGUGGCAAUGCAAUGCACUGUCAUGCAGAGAAUCUGGUUUUCAGAAAACUGGGAGUCUUGUUUCCUUUUGGGACAGUAGGAAACGGAGUAGGUUGCCAGGAGAAAAAGGAACCUUGGCACCAAAUCCACUUCUGUGGCUUUGGCUUUGGUAACUAGUCUGUUUACUUGUUUGCAGAUAGAUAAGUAGUGAGAGCAAAGAUUGAGACUUCAGGAUAAAGAAAAUUAGAUGCUACAAUUUAGUCUUCCUGU